AUGGGGUGUGUUUGCGGUACUCAAAACACUCGCUUCCUGGAGAUUACGCGAAUUUGUGAUGUGAGCUUGUUUCUUAAGCUUAUGGGGGUAGACACUUUCGCGCAAUCGAUGACAAUGCACAAAGCCGCUGAAGCUCCAAAUCAUCGUGCUACUAUUCCAGCGCAAGCGGGUCAAAUUGCGAUUAUUUAUAAUGGAUUAUCGAGUCUCUUUGACGUUAAUGAGAAAAACAUUCUAAACAUACGUGCAUACAUGCCUCUUGGACACACCCAAGCAGUGGUUCCCCUUUCGCCUAGUCACGCUUACACCCAUGAUCCUCACAUUUCAAAAGGUGGCACGUUGUUAACUCCAGAAAUCUUUCUUUUUUGGAAAUCGGAUAAAGAGAUUAUUUGUCGAUACGUGACGGAAGGUGCGGGUGACGAAGUUGUUUUGGAAUCAACUCUAUGUGCUCGAGUUGAAUUGCAGAGCCAGUCACGAUAUCUGUUAUUGCCCUCGAACGGGACGGAUAGCGGAAAACCUUCGUCACUAAGCGCACUUACAAAUGGUGAUUUAGUCGGUUUGCUUACCACUAUUCCAUUCUUCGCCGACUUACCUACCGAUAAACUUGCCAUACUUACUGAAGUUUCAACAAUACGCAUCUAUCCUAGUGGUUGUAUUAUAUUUCGUGAAGACGAAGGAAUUAGUACACAAAUGUUCGUCACACUUGCUGGUUCUGUUGAAGUGACAAGUUCACGGGCUACUGGGCCAUUAGCGACACUUGUGGCAGGAUCUUUUUUUGGUGAAAUGUCGUUGCUGAUCAAUAUCCCACGUGCAGCGACUGUGAAGGCACUAGAGAGUUGUAUGCUCAUGAGCAUUGAGAAGAAAGCCUUUCAUAGUGUAUUGGACCAGUGCCCUGAUGCACGACUGAGCAUCAACAAACUUUUAAAGGAAAGGUUACUGUUAAAAGCGAUUUUAAGUGGUGUCUUACCGUUCUUCAGUGCGAUACCCAAUGAAAGGAUGAUUCGCUUUAGUCAAGAAUUUGAAAUUGAAGAUCAUGUGCGCAAAAAUGAUAUUGUGCUGAGUCAACAAGGUGAGAAUGGCUCUCAGGAUUCGAAAUUUGUCUUUGUAGUUUAUGGUGCGGUCGAAAUAUCAUCUAAAGAUCGAAAACCAGGCAUGUUUGGACACGAUCGCUCAAUUUUUCUCACACCAGGGUGCUACUUAGGACCUUUUACGUUUGAGCGGAUGAAUUUGCGCAACGGAAAAGCUUAUGCACGCUCAGCGUCUGUGCUAUUAACUUGCUCCUUUCCCACGAUCGUAAAGCUACUUGAAGAGUACCCAUCCGCACGUGCCGCGGCAAAUAUUGCUUGGUUUGGCGAGCGGUGUGAUGUUGCGAGCGUAUUACGUCAUGGCGCCUUAGCGCUUCGAUUUCGAACAUUUCUUGAAUCCGAACACAGUGAAGAAAAUUACCUCUUUUUUUUGGAUAUUGAAAAGUUUCGUCAGAUCGAAGACAAGAGCGAGCGACGUGAGGUGUCCAUUUACAUUUUCGAGCGGUAUAUUCAGCCCGGUGCACCAAAAGAAGUGAAUUUACCCGCAGUUAUUCGCGACGACAUCAUGGAUCAAAUGGGCAAGUUAAGUGCACUCGACACAGUGGAACCUACUUUUUAUAACGAAGCUUGCGAUGAAAUUAUGCGACUUAUGGGCAAGGACAGCUUUCUGCGUUUUAAAAAGAGUUUUCAUUUUCAAAAUAUCGUUGAGGCGCUGGACCCUCAUACGAAUCGUCAAGGGUCUCGAUUGGUAGCUGCUUGUCACCAAUUUCGAGACUCUUUGCAAGUUCUGCGGCCUGGUCACGUUGACAUGAAGAACACGCAGCUAGAGCGCAUGUUGAGCACGAUUCAAAAGUCUCAAGCUCUUAAAAACAAUGUUUCGGAUUCAGCAAGUCCUUAA